AACAUUAAUUGUUGAGAGUUUCCUUUAUUUCCUAAAUUGAUUUUGUUUCAGAAAUUUGUUUAAAUUGGUUGUUAAUUGUUAACUGAAUUCUUUUUUUUUCUUUGUUCAUUCGUUUAUGUAUAUGGUGGACUGUUUGUUGGUUGUUUUGUUGUCUUGGUAGUUUUUUUUUCGUUUUCUAUUUUUGAUUUUUGUUCUGAUUUGGUUGAUAGUUUAAUUUUCUUAUCAUGUCUGAUUCUCGGCGAAUUAGUCCAAUUAAAGAUUUUAUUGCUGGUGGUUUUGGGGGAGUUUGUUUGGUAACUGCUGGUCAUCCUUUAGAUACAAUUAAGGUUCGUCUUCAAACUAUGCCUAAACCUGCUCCGGGACAAGCUCCAUUGUACCGAGGAACUCUUGAUUGUGCUAAGCAAAUUGUUAACAAAGAGGGUUUUCUUGGUCUCUAUCGUGGUAUGAGUGCUCCUAUUGCUGGAGUAGCUCCAAUGUGUGCUGUUUGUUUUUUCGGCUUUGGAAUUGGUAAAAAGUUACAGCAAACCCACCCCGAUGAGGAAUUGACUCUUGUUCAGUUAUUUAAGGCCGGAAUGUUAGCCGGUGUUUUUACCACUGGAAUUAUGGCUCCUGGUGAACGAAUUAAAUGUUUACUACAAGUUCAAGCUGCUAAUCCAAAUGCUGUGCAACAAUUUAAAGGGCCAGUUGAUUGUGCUAAAGCGCUUUAUCGUCAAGGUGGAAUUCGUAGUAUUUACAAAGGAACUGCAGCCACUUUAUUGCGAGAUGUUCCUGCUAGUGGUGCUUAUUUCAUGGGCUAUGAAUGGAUUCAAAGAGUUCUUACUCCAGAGGGUAAAUCAAGAAGUGACCUGAGCGCUGGUCGAACCAUAAUUGCCGGUGGAAUGGCUGGAAUAUUCAAUUGGAUGGUCGCAAUUCCUGCUGAUGUACUCAAAUCAAGAUUACAAACCGCUCCUGAAGGUACUUAUCCCAAAGGAAUUCGUGAUGUUUUCAAACAAUUAAUGAAAGAGGAAGGAGCUAAAGCCCUUUACAAAGGUGCGACACCGGUUUUCCUCAGAGCUUUCCCAGCCAAUGCUGCCUGUUUCUUGGGUUACGAAUUUGCAAUUAAACUACUCAACUGGUUAGCACCCGAUCUUUAGGCCAAAACCUGAAAUGCAAUUUAUUUUACAAUGAGUUGCAAUAUAUAAAAUUAAUCUAUUAUUAUACACAACCGAACAAUUAGAUUAAUAGUCUAUAUCUAUUGCCUUUUCUCUGCCAACUUUUUUUUACAAAUAAUUAAUUUUUAUCCAAUGUUUUUGAUUUUAAAUCGCAAGAAGAAACUAAAAAUCAAAGAAAUGAAACAAAAGCCAAGGUAACAAAACGACCAAUGUUGUUGUAAGAAAAACAAAGAUGAUAAUUAUUUUGAUCAAUUUGUUGUGACUUAUCAUUAAAUGUAUUUAUCAUUCCUCUUCCAGUGUAAUAACAAUGAAAAUCAAAUCUAA